GCUGACGUGACAUCUCUUUCAUAUCUCAAAAUUACACUUCUUCUUCUCCUUCUCUCCCAAACAACAACUCCAUGUUUAUAACGGAGAAACAAUUGUGGAUGGAUGAAAUCGCCGCAAGAAGAGCUUCUUCUUCUUCUUGGGACUUCCCUUUCAACGACAUUAACAUUCAUCAGCAGCGUCACUGCAACACAAGUCAUGAAUUCGAAAUCUUGAAGACUUCUCUUGGAGAUGUAUCGGCUCACGAAGAAGAGAGUAAUACUCAUAACCCUAAUUUUAGUAACAGCGAGAGUGGUAAUAAGAAGGAGACAACAGAUAGUGGUCAGUCUUGGUCUUCUUCAUCUUCAAAACCGUCGACAUUGGGGAGAGGACAUUGGAGACCAGCUGAAGAUGUUAAACUCAAAGAGCUUGUCUCCAUUUAUGGACCACAAAACUGGAACCUCAUAGCUGAAAAGCUUCAAGGAAGAUCCGGGAAGAGCUGUAGACUACGGUGGUUUAACCAAUUGGAUCCGAGGAUACACCGAAGAGCUUUCACUGAAGAGGAAGAAGAGAGGCUGAUGCAAGCACAUAGGCUUUAUGGUAACAAAUGGGCAAUGAUUGCGAGGCUUUUCCCUGGUAGAACUGAUAAUUCUGUUAAGAACCAUUGGCAUGUUAUCAUGGCUCGUAAGUAUAGAGAGCACUCCUCCGCUUACCGUAGGAGGAAGCUUAUGAACAAUAAUCCUCUUAAAACUCACCUCCCUAAUAAUCACCAUCCUAACCCUAACCCUAAUUACCACUCUUUUCUCUCCACUAAUCAUUACUUCGCCCAGCCUUUCCCCGAGUUCAAUUUGGCUCAUCACCUGGUUAAUAAUGCCCCUAUCACGAGUGACCAAAACCAACUUGUGUUUCCUUUCCAUUGCUUUCAAGGUUAUGAGAGCAAUGACACUCCCAUGGUUGUGAGUAUGUUUAGCAAUCAAAUGAUGGUCGCCGAUAACGUUGGUGCCACGUCAGACGCUUUAUAUUGGAAUGGAAGCCAAGGGAAAGAGGAACUGGAUCAUGAGCCGAUGCAUUGGAUUGGAAUGGAAGCGGUAGAUGAAGAGGUGGUCGAGAAGGCUAAGCAGCAACCACAUUAUUUCGAUUUUCUUGGCUUGGGGACGGCCGCUAGUGAAUCUUGAACACAUUGCUGUUAGUCAUGUUUGGCCUUUCUGUUGCACAUGGACAAACCAAGAUUCAAGUAAUAGUCCAUGUGUUUACGUUAAAUACUAAACUGUAGGUUGUUGUGUGUUGUUGGCUGUCUAGUGUAAUAACAGUCCAUAAAUUAUCGUUUUUUUUCUUUCAUAAUUAUUAACUAGAGAGAUUGUUACUUACAUAUAAAAAAAAAGAUGAUUCUUUUAUGAUGAA